AUGGCAGUACGUAAGAUAGAUGUCGAGACUGAAACGACUGAAGGAGAACAAGAUGUAAAUACACUCCCUGAACUGAGGCAAAUGCAAUCUCCUGUCGUUUCACCAGCAACUGAUGAUACCGAAUUUCAAGAUAUUCCAAUGGAAGAUGUACAAGAGAAUCAGGAUCCUACAAGUAGUAGUUCUGAUCAGAUGUCUCUCCCAUUGUCCAAAAUCAAGAAAAUAUUCAAGAUGGAUGCAGAAUACACUGGUGCGAGUCAAGGAGCAGUAUACACUGCAGGAAUAGCUACAGAGCUCUUUGUUCAGUAUUUAGUUGAACAAGCCAGUUUGCUAGCCAAAAUGGACAAACGGAAAAAGAUCCAGUACAAGGACUUUGCCAAUGCUGUAAGCAGUCACGAUGCUUUAAAUUUUCUCAGUGACACAGUGCCGCGAACACAUCCAAUUGGAGAAUUGGUGAAAAAGAAACAGGUGAAUUUGAUUGAGAAACCAAGUGCAAGUCGAAAAGUUGGCGAUAAUGUAACAGUGGCAAAUACUACAGCAAUUACUACCAACACAACUACUGCUACUAACUCCUUCUCCUCCUCCUCCUCUUCUUCCACAAAUGCCCUCAAGAAUGAUCCAGUCUUGCCUAAGGGCCAGCAAAUUUUAAACUUUCAGCCACAGGUAGAGGCGAAAGUUACCAAGAGGACUAAUGGUAUAAAUGAUUUGGCUUCGCUAUUGGAAAAAGAAGAGGAAAAAGAUGAAGUAGAAAAGGAAAAAGAAGUGUUGGAUAAAAAUCUGGAUACGUUGAAUUAA